AUGGUUCUUCAUCUGGAGAAUAUCAAUCCGAUAGUAUUGGGUGUGAUGGGCGUGCUGAUUUGUCUUGCUGCGGUGACACUUCUAAUCUGUGUUUUUUACUUCUUGAUUCGAAGACAUCAAAGACGUCGUGUACUCUCACUGAAUAUGCAUCGAAAACAGCGUGGCUUUGUGGACAAUGGCACCACCAAAACAAUACCGAACACCACAACAACUGCGAAUGGUCUUGAAUAUGGAACCCAACAACGUCCAGCUCCACCACGAAUUCUGAUCACAUCGCCGAGUCUACAGGAUAAAGAGAUUCCCCUCUCUGAACUUGCCUGCUCCUAG